AUGGAGGAAAAUCAUAACAAGAACAAGGGAGUUGCCGCAAAUUGCAGUAGUGAUGAUGAUGUUGAGAAAUAUGUCAAUUCGCUUCCAGUUGGGUUUCGAUUCGCACCCCAUGAUGAUGAACUGAUUCUUCACUACUUGCUGAAAAAGAUCAAGAAACUUCCCUUGCCUCGUAACAGGAUUCAUGAGGUUGAUUUAUAUAAAUAUAGCCCUCGAAAGCUUACUGUAACAAACAGUGGUGAGAAAUUUGUGUAUCGCCGGAAGUCAGCAUCUCCAUUGUUGUAUUCCGGCGAGAGUGAUAGGAAAUUCAGCAAGAGUAUGACAGCCUCUGCAACGACAGGAAUAGGCGGUGAUAGUGGUAGGGGGUUGAGAAGUGAAAUCUAUAAACUGAAUAGAGCAAGAGAAACCGAGUGGUACUUUUUCACUGCGAGGGAGAAAAAAUACUCAAAUGGGUCUAGACCGAAUCGAAGUGCGGGAGAUGGAUUUUGGAAGCCUACAGGAACUGAUAAAGCCAUUCCAAAUAACAAAAAUCCUGUUGGUUUUAGAAAAUCUUUGGAUUAUUAUUCAGGGAAGCAAGGUGAAGGAAGGAAAACGGACUGGAAGAUGCAUGAGUAUUUGGUUAAUCCAAAGCUUGUUUCUUCAACUACUACUUCCAGACCCAAAAACCCAUUGCAACCUAUGCUGUUGGAUGAAUGGGUACUUUGCAAAAUCUACGCAACCAAAGCAGAAAGAAAGAAAAACAAUAAUGAUGAAGAUGGAGGGACUACUAUAAAUUCAAAAACAGAAAUUUCAAAAGCUGAUGAUUCCACUGCACAGCCUUCAGAGUAUGAUAAUUCUUUGAUGAUUUUUGAAGAAAACGAGAAUGGUUUUGGGUCUUAUUAUCCUCCUCCUCUGACAUUGAAUAACUUUGUCUAUGAUCCUCCAACAAUGAACAACACAUUGAAUUAUAACUUCAACUAUGAUCCUCCACCAGUGAACAACACAUUCAGCGAUAGCUUUGUAUAUAAUGUGCCACCAAUCCAAUCCUAUCUCCCCUCUUCUUAUAGCUAUGACUUUCAACCCAUCUAUGGAUGUCCAGAUCAAGUUUGUUAUAGUGACUGCAUGGAGAUGCCCACCAUAAAUAAUAAUCAAUCAAUGCCAACUGAGGAAUCAAUUCCUUCUUUCCCAACUAUUCAAUCCAUCUAUGGAUAUGGAGAUCAAGUUUGUUAUAGUGACUGCAUGGAGAUGCCCACCAUAAAUAAUAAUCAAUCAAUGCCAACUGAGGAAUCAAUUCCUUCUUUCCCAACUAUUCAAUCCAUCUAUGGAUAUGGAGAUGAAGUUUGUUAUAGUGACUGCAUGGAGAUGCCUACCAUGAACAAUCAUCAAUCAGAGGAACCAAUUCCUUCUCUCCAGCCUGUUCAUCCCAUCCAUGGAUUCGGAGAUCAAGUUUGUUAUAGUGACUGCAUGGAGGUGCCCACCAUGAAUAAUCAUCAAUCAGUGCCAUCUGAGGAACCAAUUCCUUCUGUCCAACCUGCUGCUGAGAAAAAUAACUUCUUGGGUGCUCAACCUAACUCUUCAAGAUCUGCCUACUCUUAUUGGAGAGUCUCGUGAUUAUGCAUCU